AUGUCAACUCAUCGGUAUGACCGCGAAUUUGAAACCGCCGCAAAGGCUUUCUUGCAACAGAAAGCACCAGUAUUCACAACACCUACAGAGAUCCGCGCUCUCAACGAGCAGUUUCUGCCCGAGAUUAUGAAAGGGUACCCUGUAGUCCAGGGCAUCGAGCAAACACCAUUCAACGUGAAGAGCUAUGACGGCGAGUCAGUCCAGCUCACCCGCUUCGCAUCGCCAGCCGCACUCGCUUCAGCCACGCCCGCACCUGCGGUCCUCUUCAUCCACGGCGGCGCCAUGGUCGCCGGCUCUGUCAAAGUAUACGGUCCCCAAAUCGCCUACCUCGCCCACCGCACCGGGUUCCCCAUCUUCGGCAUCGACUGGCGCCUCGCCCCCGAGCAUCCCGCGCCAGUUGGAAUGGAGGACUGCUACGCCGCGCUCUCUUGGAUCUCAAGAAAUGGACAGGAGCUCAAUGUGGACGCUUCAAAGCUCGUCGUCAUGGGCGACAGCGCCGGCGGUCUCCUCUCAGCCAGCACAGCGCUGAUGGCGCGCGACCGUCAGCUCAGUCCGCCGCUUGCGAAGCAGGUCUUGAUCUACCCAACGCUCGAUGACCGUAUCGACUUUACGGAGAACGAUCCUCGCAGGGACUUGCUGCUCUGGCGGCCGUCGGAUAGUGCGGCUAUCUGGAAGGCAUACCUCGACAACGACAAGGCCGGGACGGAAGAGGCCGUGGUUGCUGAGAAUACGGUGCCGCAACGGAUCAGGAGCCUUGGAGGUCUUCCGUCGACGUAUAUCGACGUCGGGACUUUGGAUUUCUUCAUGGAUGAGAUCUUGACGUAUACGCAGCGAUUGGUGUCGGCGGGCGUGGAAGUCGAGCUGCACACGCUGCCUGGCUUGCCGCACGGGUGGGAAUUGGCAGGCGGAAUUGGCUGGUUUGAGAGGGCGAUGGACUUGCGCGUUGCUGCCAUAAAGCGAGUAUGA